CAUACUUUAGGGAUGAAGCUAACGUUGAGGCUAACUUUUAAGCAAAUAACUGUAAGCACCGUGCGUGUAUUAGACGCAUUUAAACAUUGAACAGUGCAAGUGGUGGACUUCAAAUGGAAGCGAAACACUCACUGGAACGGCGUAUUUAUUCUUUAAACCACAUAUAUAAGUUAACUGGACAUUUGAAGUGAAACAAUGGCAAGUUGGAGGAUCUUAAUUCAACGGCAAGACAAUAAUAAAACAAAAAAACAGCUAACAUUAGCGGAGAGUCGACACUGGACUAAUAUGUUGCUGCGACCCUUUUUGUGGUCGCUUUUGGGGCUUGUUGUGUUCUGGACAGAAUUCCCACUGGGGGCUCGGGCCGACUCAGCACUUUGUCCCGCAAAGACUCUUGUAUGGGGGCCGGGACUAGAGGCAAACAUUGUCCUGCCAGCCCGUUUUUUCUUUAUCCAGGCAGUGGACAGCUCAGGGAGAAAUCUAACAGCAUCGCCAGGGGAGAAAAUGUUCGAGGUGAAGAUCGUGUCUCCGUCAGAGCAUUUCACCAGGAUCUGGAUUCAGGUUCUGGAUCGUCAAGAUGGGACUUUCCUAGUUCGCUACAGAAUGUAUGCGAGCUACACAGAUCUUCACAUACACGUUCUGCUCAUGGACCAACAUGUGGCCAAGUCUCCAUACAUUCUCAGAGGACCAGUCUACCAUGAGGGCUGUGACUGUCCACAACUCGACGGCUCCGUUUGGCAGUCCCAUAUGCACUGUCCUCACUCCUUUCCCCAGAUAGAGCGCGACUUGUCCCAUUUCGCCAAUGUCGACCCAGAUCGCAACGCUCGGGAGAUCCCGCAGCGCUUUGGGCAGCGGCAAAGCCUCUGCCAUUACACCAUCAAAGAUAACAAGGUCUCCGUUCAAACACUUGGCGAGCAUGUAGGUUUCAGAAUCUUUAUGGAUGCCAUCCUCCUGUCACUUAGCAGAAAGGUCAAGUUACCUGACAUGGAGUUUUUUGUUAACCUGGGCGACUGGCCGCUUGAGAAGAGGAAAGGCCCUCAGAACAUUCAUCCUAUCUUCUCCUGGUGUGGCUCAAACAACACUCGAGAUAUUGUCAUGCCCACAUACGACCUGACCGAGUCUGUCCUUGAGACCAUGGGGAGAGUGAGCCUGGACAUGAUGUCGGUGCAGGCAAAUACAGGACCACCGUGGGCCAAGAAGAACGCCACAGCCUUCUGGAGGGGGCGGGACAGUCGUCAGGAGCGUCUGGAGCUCGUCAAGCUGUCGAGGGCACACCCCCACAUGAUUGAUGCUGCCUUCACCAACUUCUUCUUCUUCAAGCACGACGAGAGUUUAUACGGCCCAUUGGUCAAGCACGUCUCCUUCUUCGAAUUCUUCAAGUACAAGUACCAAAUAAACAUUGAUGGCACUGUGGCAGCAUAUCGCUUGCCUUACCUUCUGGCUGGAGACAGUGUGGUGUUCAAGCAGGAUUCCGGCUACUAUGAGCAUUUUUACAACGAGCUCAUACCGUGGGAACACUAUAUCCCAGUCAGGCCGGACCUCCAAGAUCUGCUAGAAAAGAUCCAGUGGGCAAGAGACCAUGAUGAAGAGGCCAAGAAAAUUGCUCUUGCAGGUCAACAGUUUGCACGCAAACAACUUAUGGGAGAUAACGUAUUUUGUUAUUAUUACAAACUUUUCCAGGAAUACGCUAAACUCCAGGUGACUGAACCCAAGAUACGUGAGGGCAUGGAGAUGGUAGAACAUCCCAGUGAAGACCUGUUUCCGUGUUCCUGCCUCCGGACGCAGGUGAAGGAUGAACUUUGAUAGACAUGACUUCCAUGAAGACUGCCAGCCUUUUUUAUUUUAUUUUAUACUGUAUUGCCAAAUAUUUAGAGGCAGUCCUGGACCAAAUGGCGCCCUUUGCAAGGGACACACCAAUUGCGCCACCUUGGCCAAUGUCAAAGAGGGGGUGGUUGGGGGUGCACUUCCCUAAAUGUCCUAGUCGAGGCACCCUAUGCGAUGCCUGUCGCAUUUGCCCCCCUGGAGCAUCGAUCGUCAACGGGGGGCAGCCUAUCCCGGUUGACUUUGGGCAAGAGGCAGGGUACGCCCAAAACUGGUCGCCGGCUGAUUGCAGGCCAUAUAUGGACAAACAACCAUUCACACUCACAUUUAUGAACAAUUUAGUUUUCAGUUAACCUAACAAGCAUGAUUUGGGAAUGUGGAUGUACCCAACCCGGAAAAUACCCACGCAAGCACACAGGAAGGCCGAAGCCGAGAUUUUAACUCGGAACAUGGAACUGUGAGACCGACGUGCAAACCAUUCAAUCACAAUAUGGCCAUUCGAUAUUGAUGCAGUUUUUUUGUUUUGUUUGUUUUUGUUGUUGUUUUUGGCCAUCAUAGGCAAAUGAAACAAAUGAUUAAAUCAGCAGGUGUUGUUAA